UUUUCAUGCUUUUAAACGCUAGGGUUUGUUGAGAUAGCAACACUUUAGCUCUAAAUGUAACGAAGUUUCUUAGCGCGUGCGAGAUGACGCGCCGGUCAAUUUUUGUAUUUUAGAAAUUGACGUAAUUUUUGUGUGCACGUUUCAUAAAUAAGAUUUCAUAAUGGCCGAUCAAGUAGAUACCAUGUCAGACGCGGAGCUCCGCACAAAACUAGCCGAGCAUGGGUUUCCAAUUAUGCCUAUAACAGCUUCUACCAGAAAAUUGUUGGUAAAAAAGCUCAAAAUGGUACUAGACAACAAAACCAAACCUCGCAAUAGCGUAGACAAAGUAGAGAGUCGACGGUCUCUUGCGCGGUAUUCAAGCGGUGAAGAAUCUGAUUUGGAUUCCUCUAACAUAUCGAAAGAAAAACGUAGUCGUCGUGUAACUACUGGAGGUGCUAUGUUGCCGCCAGUGACAAACAAGUCGAGACGAAUUCCAUUAAAGAGGGAUUCACCAAUAAAACGAGACAUUGAUAAGGGAUCUGAAUCUGAGGAUGAAAAGUCCCCUGUCCGAACACAUGAAGAGGUGGAAACCGUAACAACACGUCGUGUUACUCGUACAUACGCAGCUAAUGACCAAGACGACUAUGAAACAGGUUCUGAUAGUGAUGUUGAUGGUGAAAAGAAGACUUCAAGUCCACUAAGAAGUAGCUCAAGGUCUAGUGACUACAUCUCCAGUACUUUGCCCAGUAAUGACCCCUCUCCGAGCCCUCCAAGGUCAUCUUUAUUCUCUCGUCCAACAUUAUCUAAUACAAACUUCUCAUCUUCACUGUCAUCUUCUGAUCAUCUUAAUUCUAUAAGAUCUCGACUUGGGCUGACAUCAUCCUUAGCAGACCGCCCUUCAGGCAGUUCUUUUACAUCUAAUUACACAAGCAGUGCUUUUCAACCUUCAACUUCUACUAUAGAUGAAGUAGAAUCUCCUUAUUUAAGUAAUUUCACACGACGUCUAUCAUCUCUCAAAGCUGAGCCUCCGAAACCAAGCACUUUUUUGGACAGAGACACUACUAAUGGUAGUCCACUGAUUCCUCGCAGAUCAUUUAUUUCUGGUGUGCCUAGAUCUGAAAUUAUAGAUUAUAAAGCCUCCUAUGAUAAAAAGUUUUUGAAAAACAACCUAGUGUCACUUGCCCUUGUAGCCCUUGUCUCACUUUUUUUUUUUUGUCUAGUUUUCAUGUACAUAGUAAAAAAGAAUGACAUUACCUCAGUUGUAGACGACCAAGACAGUGUUAUACCUAUAUGUCAAUUAGAUCUUCUGCGAAACAGACCGGGCAUUAAUUGUGUGCCUAGAGAACAAGUGAGUUAUGCCAAACAACUUUUAGAAAUUAUCCAUCCAAAACUAACGGAACGCGCUGCUGAAUACAAAUGUGGUAAGUCUGGGGCCGUGCCAUAUUUAACUGAGAGAGAAAUUAUAGACUUGGCUAGGCCUCGAGUUGAUAUCAACCAGUGUCGCACAGAUCUAAAUAAUCUAGAGGUUCUACUUGUUACCAAUCCUAGAUGGGGUUUCAAUGUUGUGCAAACUGAAAAUUUAUAUUCUACAGAUGUUAUAUACUUACCUCUCACAAAUGUUGAUAUGCUUGUGCAACAAAGGAAUAAAGGCGGUUUAGCUUUGGCCCUAUCUGAUCCAUCAACACCCAUAUCAUGUCUCUUUGUCAAUACCCUUUACUCCGCCGGCACAACUAUUGCCAUUAUUGGAAUAUUGUCUGUGUUGUUGUUAGGUUUACAAAGAUUUUACAAAUAUUAUAUACAUUGUCAGAAGAAAAAGAGCGAAGAAAUUUAUUCUAUGGUCGAACAGAUUAUAGAUGUGAUCUCUCAAGAGACUGAAGACAGCGGGGAACCGUACAUAUCCGUCGAUCAUGUCAGAGAUACCCUUAUAUCACCUCCGAAUAGAGAAAAAAUGUCAUCUGUUUGGGAUGCUGCUGUGAAGUUUAUACAGAAAAACGAGAGUCGAGUCAGAAUGGAGGUGCAGUCUGUGGAUGGAGAGGAUUGUAGGGUAUGGAGAUGGAUUGCAUCACAUAACAGUCCCAAACGCAGUACUUCAUGGCAAGGACAAGCGUUUGUUACUCAGGAAGGCUCCGUUAACAAUCUCACUGUAUCUCCAACGCCAUGUCUAAAAAUUCGCAACAUGUUUGACAAAAAUGACACAAACCCAAAUCUAAGAACCGUUAUUCAGGAUGUUAUUCUAGAGAAAUGCGAACGGAGCAAUAUUUUGCAUAUUGACAUAGAGAGUGCUUCCUGCUGCGUGUAUGUGAAAUGCGCUACGCCAGCUGACGCAGGCAUAGUCUACAAGAACUUGCACGGUUGGUGGUAUGAAGGUAGGCUUAUAACAGUUAAAUAUCUACGUUUAGAACGUUACAUGCAGAGGUUUCCCGGCUCCCCGUCAUCAGGAUUCUAUUUAAAACCAUCUCGCCUUCGAAGAACCUGGGACGAAUGAGUCUAUGCUGGUUCAUAGCGAUCAUCAAUAAGGAAUUUAUUUCUGAAUAUCAAUGGAACUUUGAAGCAACUUGUUACAUACAAAGUUUAGGCCUAUCUCUAUAAGUUAUUUGUUUGUGUUCAUGUUGUUAGAAAGGAUUUAGUGCAUUACAAUUUUAUUAUAUCUUAAUGUUACAAUUUUGUCGAUGCUCAGGUAUGGUCUUGUUAUAAUUGAAAGGUUUAGGACAUUAUUCACACAUAAUAUAUUGUCUGCAUAAUACUUGCGUUGCAUUACAUUGACAGGAGUUGUUUUAAAUGCAAACAGUUUGUUGUAGCUACUUAUAUUACUUAUAAUUACAAUAGGAUUUUGACUAUAUUAGAAUUGACCACAGUUGGACAUUGUAAAUAAAUGACAUCACAAAAUUAAAUAGGAAUGUAUUUUAAUAUUAAAGUUAAGCAACUGUCCGUAAUGGUUUGCAUUUGGUGAUGAAUUUACUGUUUUGGAACAAAUUGUUUGAAAACGUAGCUCUAAGUAGGUUAAGUUUGAUGGACAUAAAGUUUUGCUCUUAAAAAUUUGCAUACAAAAGUGGCACAAUAAUAACUUGUGCGUUUUCAUUGACAUUAAUCUGAUUUUAAGAACUUACUAACCUCUAUGUUAUCUUCUAGCAUUAUUUUUUAUUAUUGAUUUUCACUUUUAAUAAAUAAUUUAGGAAA